CGGCGCCUUGUUGGUGCGCAUGCGCUACAAAUAUUUUCGCUGCAGAUUUUCCUUUCCCCCAAAAAAUUUCUUCUGCUGUGUGUGUGUGAGUUUAUGGCCAGAUACAUGAGGCCCCCAAACACGUCUUUGUUUGUCAGAAACAUCUCCGAUGAGUCAAGGCCUGAGGAUUUGCGGCGUGAGUUUGGCCGCUAUGGGCCGAUAGUAGAUGUCUACAUCCCACUUGACUUCUAUACACGUCAACCAAGAGGAUUUGCAUACAUUCAAUUUGAGGAUGUGCGUGAUGCAGAGGAUGCUCUUCACAGCCUGGACAGGAAGUGGGUUUGUGGCCGGCAGAUUGAAAUCCAGUUUGCCCAGGGUGACAGAAAGACACCAAAUCAGAUGAAAACAAAGGAAAGGCGUUCUCCAGGCAGAUCUUCUUCUCGAUACGAUGACUAUGAUCGAGACAGCCGGCGCAGACGUUCACGCAGCCGCAGCUACGACAGAUACCGAUCACGCAGCCCUUCUUAUGAUCGUCAUCGCAGACGAUCGGAGAGUCCUCGAGGCUCUCGUGGACGAGUGUGUGGCAGAGGAAGAAGCAGGAGCCGCGAGGACGACAGAUACAGGCAGAGGCCUCGGAGAGAGUCCAGGGGGAGAUCCCGAUCACGCUCCAAAUCUGCAUCUCCACGAGAAAACGUCAACCCAGCGUCGACUUCAAAUUACACCGAGGAGGAAGUGCGACGGGCGCACUCACCAUCCCGCUCCAGGUCCCGGUCCGUAUCAAGAUCCCGCUCUCGUUCACGUUCUCGAUCCCGAUCCUGGGCUGGACGCAAGUCAGGAGGACGCUAGAAAAGUAUCUGCCCCACCCCCCUCUCUACCCGUCAUUAUGUCAGAUGGACCAGAGUUUGUCAAGAAAAUAUUUGGUUGUUUUGACAUGAAUGUAACGUCCACUGAACCAUUUGUAGAAAACUUGUUUUUGCGGCUCCAUUUUAAGAACAAUGCUGGUCCCUUGCUUGGUUUUAUAAAAUGUAAGAUUUCCCGAUAGAAAAUGACGACGAUAGACGGUUUGUGUGUUCAGUGGUAGUCGGCCGGGGAUAAUUGUCUUUUUUAUAUACAGUUACUGAUAGGUUUGUUUUCUAAACCCUAUGCACCCAUUUUUGCAAAAAAGAGGAACAUUCAGUAUUUUAAAAGGAAUCCAGUCAGUUGACGGGAAAAGAAACAGCGUUUCUGUGUGUUUUAUCACACUGAUAACAAAUCACGUACUUUUUACUUUACUGCUGACCGUUUUCCACAGCUGGAGUGUAGAUUUGUCUUGUUUUUCUUCCCGUCUUUCAGCCACGGGUGUUCAUUUAUUUUACUGUAUGAAAAUUAAUUUUCAGAAACUUAAAACUAGCUUGAGAUAAUCUGUCAGUGAACAUUAUUGAGAUAAUCAUCAUCUUAUAUUGUCAAAGAAUUGAAAAGUGCACUGCAUUACCAUGUAACAAUAACGUGACUGAGAAAAAUAAAAGCAGACGUUGAAGUUUUACGUCACAGGAAGUUAGUGAUUUUCAUGCUAAGAAAAUUAGUCAGUGGCUGCCUUGAAGAAAAACAUUUUUUUUUUAAAUGUAAAGAAUACGGUCUGGGCUGGAAAACGAUUGGCAGUGGUGUCACGUAUAUGAGUAUGGGGGCUAAAAUGCACAGAAACGCUGUUAUUGUCCUUAAGUGUUAAAUUUUUGUCGACCAGUGACUUUAACCACAAACUGUUUAAAAUGUACACAGAUUUGUUUGAGGUUUGUGGUAUUUUCUGUAAGAUUUCUCCAAAUUUCGGUUCAGAGAGGAGGAACAAAAGUUUCUCAUUAGUGUUUCCAUGACUGUGUUGAUGGUUUUUCAGAAUCAAUCUUGUCACUGCAUGUUUUAUUCUCCUAAUUCUUCUAUCUUUAGUAGGAAGAAACUGUUAUUUUGAGUAAUAAAUGGAUAACAUUCAGUAAAAGGAAA